GAGUGGUGGUAUUUGAAGUGGUCGGAGGAACAUGAUUAACGAGUACAACGAGUAGUUGGCUCUCGUCAUCGUCUCGGUGCCUCUCAUCAGAACCCUUCGGAAGCCCGAGUUAUCAUCCGAGCUCUUCCCUCUACCAUGCGAUCCAUGGGACGCCGGGAGGAUGAGGAAGCUAGAUGACGGCAGAUGGAACGACCGUGUGAUCCUGAACGUAGGUGGCGUGAGACACGAGACGUACAAGUCCACCCUGAAGAAGAUCCCGGCCACCAGGCUGUCUCGCCUAACCGAGGCCUUGGUCAAUUACGAUCCCGUUUUGAACGAAUACUUCUAUGACCGUCAUCCAGGCGUCUUUGCUCAGGUGUUGAAUUACUAUCGCACCGGGAAACUUCAUUACCCGACGGACGUCUGUGGCCCUCUGUUCGAGGAGGAACUCGACUUCUGGGGCCUGGACUCUAAUCAGGUGGAGCCAUGUUGCUGGAGCACCUACAGCAUCCACAGGGACACCCAGGCAACGCUGGCAAUCCUCGAUAAGUUAGACGUGGAGGGUGAAAAACUGAGCGACGAGGAGAUCGCGCGACUUUUCGGGUUCGAGGAUGAAUACAACAGAGGGACCUUGACAAGAUGGCAGAAAGUACGGCCAAGGAUCUGGGCUCUGUUCGAUGAGCCGUACUCGUCGACCGCCGCCAAGUGCAUAGCCUGUAUUUCAAUACUUUUCAUCUGCCUCUCGGUCCUCUGCUUCUGCCUCAAGAGUCACACGAUGACGAAACAGUCGAGAAACAAUCAACUUCAAGGGGAACCGGUGCGUUCGGAAUCGGGACGGAACAGGGAUGACGUCGACUCUUACCCGGUCUUCUUUUACCUCGAACAUGCGUGCAAUGCCUGGUUCACUUUGGAAAUUACACUGCGCUGCUUGGUUAGCCCCAGUCUGAAGAGAUUCGCCGUGUCACCGGUGAACGCAAUCGACUUAGCAGCCACGUUGAGCUUUUACACGGAGUUCCUGACUCAGUCCAGCCUGUAUCUCGAGAUCCUGUCGAUAGCUAGGGUCCUACGGCUCUUCAAGCUGACGAGACACUCUCCCGGGCUCAGAAUCCUGAUCCACACGUUCAAGGCGUCUGCCAAGGAGCUGGCGCUGCUGGUCUUCUUCCUCGUCCUGGGCAUCGUUGUCUUCGCCAGUCUCAUUUUCAUCGCGGAACGUCUUCAGGAGAACCCGCAUAACGACUUCGACAGCAUACCACGCGGCCUCUGGUGGGCUUUGGUGACCAUGACGACAGUUGGCUACGGCGACAUGACACCAAAAACCUUUCCCGGAAUGUUCAUCGGGGGACUGUGCGCUAUCGCAGGCGUUUUAGCCAUUGCUCUUCCGGUUCCUGUUAUCGUCAGCAACUUCUCCAUGUUUUAUUCCCAUACGCAGGCUCGUAGCAAGUUACCGAAACAAAGGCGACGAGUGCUUCCAGCGGAAAUACCAAGACGACCGAGGUGUCUGGUUAAUCAGGAUGCCAACUAUAUCCAAUCUCAACUGACACCUGACUCUCUAUCGGGAUCAUUGAGAACGAGACCAGCCACCAUAGGUUUGGAGAAUGUUCUAAAUUUACAGCCUAAUAUCGUGAUAAAUCUACCACGGGAGUCCACCGUCACGGGAACUAUAAAUUCUGACAGAGUGGAUUCUCCUCGCCUUACCAGCAACAAUCCUGUGAGAAAUGGCAAAGCGGUAGAUGGGGCCACGGAAGACACGUUCCAAGGGGAGGAGAGCAAGAAAGGAAGUUCAUUUACAGGGACCCGUAAAGAUAUACCUCACACUUAUAUCAUCGUGUCAGAAGGUUCAGAUAUAAUGUAG